AUGAAAAGCAGCCUUAAUGUACACAUGAGGAUUCACACUGGAGAGAGACCUUACACAUGCCAUCAGUUUUCUCUCAAAAAGCAUGUCCGACAUCACUGUAGCAGAGAAAAGCCAUUUGAAUAUGAUAACUGUUGUAAAGCAUUUGUUGAGGAUUCAGACCUAAGAAAACACCUGAAAACUCACACAAAUGAGAAGCCUUACAAGUGUUCUUUUUGUGGGAAAUGUUUUGCACACCUGUCCUAUUUGAAAGAGCACCAGAAAAUUCAUACCUUUUCCGCAGUUCAUAUGUGCAUUGAAUGUGGGAAGACCUUUACUAGAGUCGCUGAUUUGAAACCGCACCAAAGAAUUCAUUCUGGAGAGAAACCUUACAAGUGCUCACACUGUAAAAAGAGUUUCGCUCAGUCACAAAACCUGAAAAUGCACGAGAUAAUUCAUACUGAAGAAAAACCUUACAAGUGCUCACACUGUGAAAAGAGAUUUAAUCGGUCACAAAACCUGAAAAGACACGAGAGAAUUCUUGAUUACUCUGAUUUGUCCUAA